CUUACGCGGUAAGCUUGAGCCUCUCGCGCUCCCGUCCGGGCGCCGCUGGCCCGCGGAGCACCGGCGGCCGCAAACAGCGGCUCUUCCUCCGCCGCUGCCAUGUCCACCCUGGCCAAGGCCUCCGGCGCGCUCAAAUCCGUGGAUUACGAAGUGUUCGGGCGGGUGCAAGGUGUUUGUUUCAGGAUGUACACAGAACAGGAAGCCAAGAAAUUAGGAGUGGUUGGCUGGGUUAAAAAUACCAGCCAAGGAACUGUGACAGGCCAAGUUCAGGGCCCAGAAGAGAAAGUGAAUAAAAUGAAAUCUUGGCUGAGCAAAGUUGGAAGCCCAAGUUCCCGCAUCGAUAAAACAAAUUUUUCCAACGAAAAGGAGAUUUCCAAGCUUGACUUCUCGGAUUUCAACACUAGAUACUAAGAGGAGGGAACCUCACUAAGCACAAAACUCUGACAUUUCUGCUGCAUGAUAUUUUCUGUGCCUCCAUCAAAUGUUGCAAGAGCAUUUGGAUGCUUUUCUGUGCUAAGGAUAAACAUAAAUGCUCCCUGUUCCCACCAAGUAAGAAUUCCUGGUUGCUGUGUUAGACAUCUUACACCAUGAAUGUCAACAUUUAGUGUCUAAAAUGCCAAUAUCUAAUUUAUUGCAGCUUUGAAAGACAGAUAAAAGCUUAGAAGUGCUGCUGGUUAUUUGUGCACAAUGAGACUUGUUACAUACAACCAGAUGGUACCUAAUCUUUACACUGUGAGUUGUAUUUUAGAUGCAAAAUAAUAAUAAAUUUAUGUUCUACUGUUCGUAAUCUCACCAAAAAUACAUAACUACAGAACUGGAGAGCACUGAGAGUGCUGUGUAACAACUCUGUUAUAGACCAGGCUCAGUGUGAUAAUUAAUUAAGUUAUAGUGGUAAUUUAAAAUAAAUGUGUUGUUUCAAACUAGGAUUAUCUAACCAGCUGUGGUUUAAAAUUCUCUGUGACAAUGCAGAUAAAUUGUUCCAAGGUGAUGAAAUGUGUGGCCUCUCAUCCUGUUUUUUCCUUGUCUACCUGUAGCUUACAUCCAUUCUGACUAUAAAGGGUGUUCUAAUGUCUUUGCUUUUUUGACAUUAUUACCAAAAUUGAAGAUUUCAGUGGUUUUCCUUAUGGAAAAUAGAUGUGUGUUUGCCCCUGAGUUCAGACUGUGUGGUGGAACCUGCACCCUCAUCUGUCAUCUGAAGUCCUGAGCCAUGGGCUUGCAAUAAAUCCUGGAAAAGUC